AGACUGAUGAAAGAGUGCAUGGUGAGGCUCAUCUAUUGUGAAAUGCUGGGAUAUGAAUCUUCCUUUGGAUAUAUCCAUGCAAUCAAGCUUGCUCAGCAAGGGAAUCUUUUGGAGAAAAGAGUCGAGAAAAUGGUUUAACUCCAAGCAAUGCUAUGUCUGCAUACACAGAAGGAAGGCAGUGUCUUGCGGGAUAUGCUUGUUUGAUAUCCUUUGUUUGAAUUUCAUCUGGAUCAUCCUCUCAAGUGUUGGAGUUUCUGAGAAAAUGCGUUACAAGUGAUGAUUUAAAGUUGCUAUUUCCCUGAGUAAUGAAAGCCAGGGCACAGAUGCUCUGGUAGUGAUUAAGAAAGUUAAUCUUCACCAAACCUGGGAGGGCAGGUGGUAAGCUGAUUUGAAGAAAACUUUGUAUGACCUCUGUUACUUGGCAGUUUCUUUAUUUCUCCAUGAAAAUCAUGAACUGCUACUUCUACUUGUGAACACAGUUGUGAAGGUACAGUGUUUUUGGAGGUUUGGAGGUAAUCUAACCUUGGACCACUUCUUCCUAUUUUAUGUUGCAUAAUAUCUCAGCUAUGGACUCAUAAGUUAUAUCUUGCUCUCUUAAAGUUCCCGUUCCUUUGGUUAGAUCAGAAUUUGAAGUGGCUUUCCCUAGCUUUUUUGUUUAAUCUCAGUGCUUUUUUUUUUUGUUGAAGCCAUAUUUUUAAAAUUGUAAACAGGUGAUACACCAUAAAAAUUCCAUUUUUAAGAUAUACUAUAUGUAUAUAUUCUAAACUUCAGAAGGAAUAUGCAUGCAUAUUUCAGUGUAAAAGUUUGCUUUUAGCUGACAGCAAGUAUCUGUUGAGUUGUCUUAGAGUUCUUUUGAUUAUUUUGAUGGAAGCUGGGAAUGUGCCUUGGAGUGGCACUGCAAAUCCGUCACAAAGUGAUGGUUCGUAGUCUUCUUUUCUAGUACUACCUCUCACAUGAAUCAAGUUUAACUUCUUAUGUAAGGAUUACUUUUACGUUACAGUUGGCUAAAUUAUAGACUGAGAAUGGUGCUCGUUUUGCUGUUGUGAUAGAAAACUUUUAUAAUCCUUAAAAAUAUAGUUUGAAACUGGUGCUAUGGAAAGAAGUGAGAAGUGAUAGUCCACAAGGAACUAAACCAAAACGGGCACUGAAACUGUCUGUGGCAAACAGCCGGAAUAAAUAAUGCUGAGCUAGACAUCUUAAAUGUGUUUAAUUUGUUUUGAAAAAUGAUUCUGAUCUUACUUCAUGACUCCAUCCAUGUUUGUGUGGUGUGGGCUUUUUUGGUGUUAGGUUACAGUGAGCUGUAUCUUCUGUUUUUAGUUGUGUCGGGGACAAGUUGUGAACUUGCAUUCUCAGGGAGUAGAUAAUAACUUAGUGUAAAAAUAUGUAAUUGCCAAUAUUAUUGAGCUUGUUCAUCUUCUCUUUUUAAAUUCUUUGGGCUAGAUGAAGGGCACUAGAGAGAAUACUAUUGACUUGAGUGUAAGGUGACUCAUCCCACUGAUUCAAGUGGGAACUCGGCAUAGUUGUAUAAUGAUCAAACUAUUUCAGUAAGCAAAUGUUGAUUGCAGCUCUGUGUUGAUGUCAUGUAUGCUUAAAAUAUGAAUGUAGCUCUGUAAUGCGAGUGUGGGGAGCUCCUUAUUUCUGUAUGAAAGAAGAAAAGAGCUUGGUUAGCUCAGUGAGAGCUGACACUUCUCAAACACAAGCAGACAACAGUCUGGUUAGCAGGAGAUUGCUUGCUGUAGUGGGCUAGAUCCAGCCUGCUUGCUCAAGAUUUGGGGUAUGUCUAUAAAGAACUGAAAAGCCUACAUGAAAAAUGACAGUUUUAUUUCAAUGAUUACAAUAGGACUUGCAGAGCACUAAUCUAGUAGAGGUGAGCAUGGCGUUAACCAUUGUCAGCCAGAUCUUUCCACGGGAGAUGAUUCCAGCUGUUCUUCCCUUAAUAGAAGACAAGCUCCAGCAUUCUAAGGAAAUUAUCCGAAGAAAAGCUGUUCAAGCUUUAUAUAAGUUCUAUCUCAUUGCUCCUAACCAAGUGCAGCAUAUUCACGAUAAGUUCCGGAAAGCCUUAUGUGACAGAGAUGUUGGAGUCAUGGCUGCUUCUUUGCAUAUUUAUCUUGAAAUGAUUAAGGAAAACUCAGCUGGGUAUAAGAACUUGACAGAGAGUUUUGUGAUCAUCCUAAAGCAGGUAGUGGGAGGAAAGCUCCCUGUUGACUUCAACUAUCACAGCGUGCCAGCACCAUGGUUACAAAUUCAGCUUUUAAGAAUAUUGGGACUGUUAGGAAAAGACGAUCCAAGGACAAGUGAGCUGAUGUAUGAUGUUCUGGAGGAAUCUUUAAGAAGAGCGGAGAUAAAUCAUAAUAUUACCUAUGCCAUCUUAUUUGAAUGCGUCCAAACAAUUUAUACAAUUUACCCCAAAUCUGAAUUACUUGAAAAGGCUACCAAGUGCAUUGGAAAAUUUGUUUUGUCACCCCAAAUUAAUUUGAAAUACUUAGGUUUAAAGGCUCUGACGUGUGUUAUUCAGCAGGAUCCUAAUCUGGCCCUUGAGCACCAGAUGACAAUAAUUGAAUGUCUGGACCAUCCUGAUCCCAUUAUUAAAAGGGAGACGUUAGAAAUUCUUUAUAGAAUUACAAAUGGACAUAAUGUGAUUGUCAUCGUUCAGAAGAUGCUUGACUACUUAAAAGAAACCAAGGAAGAAUAUGCUAUCAUCACCUUAGCUGGCAAAAUAGCAGAACUAGCUGAGAAGUAUGCUCCUAACAAUGAGUGGUUCAUCCAAACCAUGAAUGCGGUGUUCUCAGUUGGAGGUGAUGUUUUGUAUCCUGAUAUCCCUAACAACUUUCUGAGGCUUUUGGCUGAAGGAUUCGAUGAUGGAAAAGAAGAUAAACAGCUGCGGACAUACGCAGUGCGUUCUUAUCUGGCAUUACUCGAAGAGGAAAAUGUGUUCUAUCCACAGAAGUUCCUUCAGGUCAUGAGUUGGGUUUUAGGGGAAUAUUCCAGUCUUGCUACAGAUGUUGAUCCAGAAAUUAUUUUGACAAGGCUGCACAACUUGCUGAAGAAGACUUUUGUUACCUCUGAAACUAAAGCAUGGAUUAUGGCUGCAGUCACCAAGAUAGCAUCGUGUACCUCUUUUUCUAAAACAGUUGACAAGUUAAUCCAAGAAUUUAGCAGCUCUCUAGAUACCUGCAUGAGACAGCAUACCUUUGAAUUGAAGCACCUGUGUGAAGACAAAGUAUUGAUGAAGGGCUUGCUUCCGUUUGAUGCUAGUUGUGAUGACAUGGUGGUAGAUGCUUCCUUAUCUUUUCUGGAUGAGUUUGUUGCUGAGGGACUUGGCCGGGGUGCAGCACCAUAUAAGCCUCAUCACCAGCGACAAGAGGAAAAGCUUUCUCAGGAAAAAGCUCUCAAUUUUGAACCUUAUGGAUUGUCCUUUGCUUCAAGUGUUUCCUCGUCUGGUAUUGCUGGUAGACAGUCCCCCACUGGCUUAUCAUUUGGUUCUGACACGUCUGGUAAUAGUGCUGAGACAGGGCAUAAAGAGACAAAUACUCUGAAACUUGAGGGAGUAAGGAAGCUCUGGGGCAAAGAAGGCUAUCUUCCAAAAAAAGAAAGCAAAGUAGGGAAAGAAGAUGAGCCACAGGCUGCGCCUUGUGGCAGCUUAUUAGCAGGACGGGUGGCUGAACCUCCUGUGCCACAGUCUGAUCAAGUUUCCAGCCUCUCUGAGGAAGAAAAAGAAAAGCAGCAGCUAGCGUCAACAUUGUUUGUUGGGCUGGGAUCAAAUGCUGGUGUCAGUCUGAUGGGGAAAGUGGAUUUGGCUACUCAGAAGUUCAAAAGAAAAUCAAAGGUAGAUGAAGCCCAAAGUAGUGAGGAGGCAUCAGAUAUGCAAAGCAGCGCUGCAUCGGAUUUUGGUCCCUUACUUGAUACAGUACCUAUUACCAAGGAAGACUGUGAUGGAGAUAAACACACAACAUUAAGAAAACCUUCCCUUUGUUCUUCAGAUACUGUGGAAGAAACACUUCAGUCCCUAAAAAAGCCUGGGCUGGAUGACAAACUUUCACAUAGCAGACUGUCCCCGUUGUCUUUGUUUGCCGAUGGUAAUAUUGAAAUUUUUCAGCCUUCUCCAAGUUCUCAGUGUGAAAAUGUCAAUAAAACAGUGCAGCUCCCUUCCUUAGCAGAAGAACUGGAAGAACUCCCUCACUCUGAGGUAGUAGAACUUUGUCAGAGUGAUGCCUUAGCUCUGUAUUUAUGUAAGGUGUGGAAAGAUGACUCUUUGCUGCUCGUUGUGUUUGUUUCAAAUAAAAACACUUCUGCACUUAAUGCUGUGAAUUUAGUGUUUGAAAAAGAAGAACAUUUUCAGAUCUUGGAGAGCCCUUCCUGCCUGUUCUCUGUGAUUGAAGCUCAGAGCGUGGGACGUUGUCAGAGGUGUGUGUGGAUGGACAAAGUCUGUACGCAGGGAGUUAUUUCUGGCUUUGUUGAUUACCAGUCAGAAAUGGAAACUCACCUUGAAUUUUCGAUACCUUUAUCGCUGUUGGAUUUCAUCAGGCCAAUGGAAAUGACUACAGAAGACUUUGGGAAGCUGUGGUUGUCCCUUUCCAAUGAUGUGAAACAGAAUAUUAAAAUGCCAUCUUCUCAAGAUUCCCUCUCAGCAGCUCUGAGUAUUCUGCACCAAAAGCUGAAACUCCACAUUGUCGAUAUCAUAGGUAAUGAGGGGAUACUGGCAUGCCAGCUGCUUCCAUCUGUGCCCUGUCUGCUGCACUGUCGUACUCACUCAGGGAUGCUGGCUUUGUGGUUCAGAUCACCUUGUUCUGCUCUUCCAGAUGGUUUGCUCUAUCAGUGUCAAAAGGUGAUGGAAGAAUCCCAAUAACAGUAGUACCUGCCUUAAUCUGUUUGGGGGUGUGAAAAGGAAAGGAAAGAUUUAUAUAAUAGAGUUGCACUGAUAAUUACCAAAGUGAAUGUAAGGUAUGUUUCUCAGAAGUAUUCACGACUUUCUUCCAACUGGCACCUGUCUUGGACUUGAGAGGGAAGGAUGAUGGCCUAAAAUAUGCCUGCAAAAACAUGCUCAGGACUGUACAGUGACUACCAAAUAAUCCAUUAAAGUGUUGUUAUCUGUUUAAGUGAAAUGUAUAUUUCUUACUUUUGUUGUAAAUGACUGAAAGUAUUUAUUUUCAUUAUGCAGCUUUUGUAGGUGUCAACAAUCAUUCUUUGUAGCAAUUACUUAAAUAUGAUUUUAAAAGCAAAUUGCUUUAAUACACUCAGACUUGAACACUUACCAGGUUCAUCUGAUUAUUUUGAGAAUUUUUCUAAAAUUGCCUUUUAAACAUUGCUGGUGGCAGCAAGACCCACACUGGUGGUUGUAUGGAGUAACCUAUAUAGCAACAAAAGCAUGUUUUAAAAAUGAAAGUUUUUAAUGCACUUGCCGUGAUCUUGGCUUACCACUGAAGUAUGUAAGUGGUAACAUCUAAGUAGGAUCUUGGUAGGAGGCAGGCAUGUGUGAGUGUGUGAGAGCACCUCAUGGGAUAGGAUCUGAGACUUUUCAGGUUACCUCCUGUCUGCAGUUCUUCCUUCGUGCUUCAGUUGCAUUCCCUUUCCUGAGGGGUCUGCAGCGGUCCCAGUGCUUGAGCCAUGUCCAAGAUGUUUCAUGCGGAUCAAGCCUGAGAUGUUGGAGGUGGGGCUGUUCACUGCCUUUCAGACUUAAUCCUGUAUAUUAAAUCUGACCUGGAUCUCUGUCCAAAAAAAACUCACACGAGGAAAAUUUCAUUUAUGCUUUCUAAUUAUGAAUAGCUUGAGUAUGGCAGAUGUGGCUGUACUGUGUGUGCGUGACCGUGAGCUGCAGUAAGGCCUAUGAGAUCUGAGUUGGUCCAGUGUUUAUGAUGAAUGUGUUUGGAUUGUCUCCUUUUCUCCCAGAAAUAACUUCACAGCCUUGAAAAUCCAGCCAUCUUAAUUUAUUUAGACAACAUACGAAACCUUUAAUACUUUUAAAAUUACUUCUAUCUUCCUAUGGCUUUAUUUAAGAACAUGAAAAAUGUCCAGACGGUUCAGACAUAAUGCGAAAGGUGUCUCCAGCAGGAUUCUCUCCUUUGUGAAUGUUAAUAUGCAAUUGAAUAUUAACAAGAAAGUUUUGUUACCUUUCAGUUUUAUUGAUUCUUACCCAGUAAGCACUGGUUGUAAAGGAAAAUAAAGUAAGUUUGCUAGUGUUUUGGUAAAUGUUUGUGAGGUCAUCAUAAGAAUGGUUAAUGUGCUGAUAGUUCCUUGUUUCCUUUGUUUUAAGUCACGCUGCUUGUAUUAUCACAAGCAAAUCUCCUUUUUUACUGCUGUUUCGUUACCUUCUUGUUGGGAAAUCUAAAGUGCACUGAACCUGUAAAUAUAUUUAAUGUUCUGCAUACUUUAAUGUUUACUUGUCACUUCAAGAAAGUUUAUAUAGAUGAAAACAGAUUGAUAGUGGGCUAAUCUCCAGCAAAUGAUUUCUCUGCUGGUAAAUCUGACUUGUGUUAUGUAGUUGGACUUCGGUAAUUAUGUGAAGUGUAAUGGAAGUAUGUUUCUGGCCUACGCAUUUAAACCAUUUCAGCAUUUCAGUUGUUUCAUGUCCUAGUGUUUAAAAAGAAGAGAAAAAGCAAUGCCUUCUAUAACUCAUGUAAAUGCUCUCUGACUUUUUUCACUGUAUGAUGAUGAAUGGUAAGCUAUAAAUAUGCAGUUCUAAGAGAAUUAUGAUUAUAUCACAUAAAGGGUUUUGCAGAAUUUGUA